GCAGAGGGGAGUGACGUAGAUGUCCCGGAUUCAAAUGUAGGAGUUGAUCAAAAUUCUCUGGAUAUCAAGCUCUGGGGUGUUAAGAGAAAUAGAAAAGUGAGAUCAAUUGAAGAAAUUGAAGAUUUGUUUCUAAAUUCUCAAGAAAAAAAGGGGUUGUGGUUUCGAGUUCUAAGGCCGAUAAUUGCGAACGCCUCUUAAUCGGAUUCGGACUUUAAAAACAGAAAAAAGGAUUAUUCUAAAGGAAGCUGAGAAGGCGUGGGAAAUUGGUAAAUUGUUGGGUCUUAGAGUGAUUGGAAAUGAGGAAGAAGUGAUUAAAGAGAUGGCUGACAUUAUUGAGAGGCAAUCAAUGGAGAAGUAGUUCUGAGGGACGUUGAGUUUGCAAGGAGAUUUUUUUGCUUUACUUGGCUGGUCAAAUGUGUUUGAUUGUUUUUCUUGCGUUUUACUUCACGGUUGUCAGCAUUUUUUAUCAUUGUUUCUCCUUGUUUAUCGUGCUGAAUUGCGGUGAAGAUUUCUUAACUAAGGGAGUUUUGUUAUGGUUUUUCUUUCUUGGGAGGUUAUGUUUGAGCAUGGAGGAAAAGGGAUAGCAUUUCGAUAUGGUGAUGUUGUGCUUGUGCCGCCCUUUUGGGUAUCUUUUGUGCUUCUUGUGGUUUCUCUCCAAUGGAAAAACUGUUGCCGUGUUGGGCUUAAUGGCAGUAGGUUUUGAGUUUUUCACUGCAUGUUGGGUUUUUCUUUGUUGGACCUUUGCUAACUAUAAUGACCAAUGUUGCUUCUAUUCCAACAAACUUGCCAGCGAAAAGGACUUGAACUCAAAAAGAGCUGACCUUAAGGAAAAAUCUCAACAAGCUUUGUGGAUUGCAUUAAGACUGAUAGUUUUCUUGGCCAUGGCUCCUCUGGUAGGGACUGAUGGGCAGAGCUUAUUGUGGGCAUGGGACCUUUUAUCUGCUUAUUCUUUUCUAUUUGGGGUUUCGGCUGGCAAGGGGUGGAUGCAUUCAUUGCAAGUCUUUUUGGUGCUCAUCCGUCUAUGCUCUUACUAUUUGCAAGGGAGUUAUGUAUUUGAUAUUUGGGUGUUGUUUGGUGAGCUGAUUCAAUUGCAGGCUUCAGGAAUUUCUUGGCCUUAUUUUGUCAGGUGUAUUGUUGCAAGGAAAGCCUGUAAUGAAUCAAGAACAGUAUGGCGAUGGAAUGGAGGAACAUUAACGCAUGGGCUCUGUUGAUGAUGAUGGUGAUUUUGUUUACAUGGCAUGCAUGGAGAGGGGCAGAUUUCUCCAUGGAUGAUUGCUCCAGGAUUGCUUGAAAUUUAUUAAAUGAUUCAAGCUCAAGACUUAAAUAAAUAAAGAUACAUGAUAAUGAUUUUGCUAACACAGCUUCUGUAUCCUAACAUUUUUUUCUAUAUAGAUAAAAAUUGAAAUAUCCAUUGAAUUAA